GCUACUUAAAAAGAGUAGGAGAGAGAGGAGGAGGACAGUAAAGGAGGCAGAGCCAAAGUCAAAGGGCAUGAAGGGGGCAGGGAAGUCAUCGAGAAGCAGAGAGAGAGAGAAAAGUCAAACAAGUUUAAGAGGGGAGUGGAGCAAAAAGGGGGAAGGAGGGGGAAGAGAAGAGAGAGAGAGAGGGGUGAACCUCCUGGAAGACAUAAAUAGGCGAAAGAGAAGUUUGAGCCUCGCAGUCACUCUUCCCGACAGCCAUCCAUCGCUCUCCUCUUCCCUUCUCCUCCACCUCCAAGCCCUCCUCUCCACUCAUCUGCUGCAACCCUUCAUCCACCUGGAACCCUGAGCGAAAGCCAACCUCCUUCAGGUCCCUCACUAUCAUGGACACCACAAGGAACAUCCUCUCCGUCUCUGAGGCGCUCUGCCACCUGAUUGUCAUGAUGUUGACACUAGGCCAAGGUGUUCGGUCGAUGCCUGUUCCCACCGACGUCCCAAUGUGCACGGCCUCGGAAACCGCCCAGUACAGGCUAACGUUUACUGGCAAGUGGACCCAGGCAGCUUUCCCGAAGCAGUAUCCGGUCUACCGCCCCCCUGCACAGUGGUCGAACAUUAUCGGGGUGACUCACAGCUCUGAUUACCACAUCUGGCAGCGUAAUGAGUUUGCCAGCAACGGAGUGAGGGAGUUUGCUGAGAAAGGCGAGGCCUGGACGCUUAUGAAGGAAGUCGAGGCGGCCGGCGAACGCAUCCAGAGUGUUUAUGGGAUCCUCUCCGCUCCCGCUGUUGUGGGAGGAACAGGCCAGACAUGCACUGAGUUUGAGGUCUUCGCCAGGCACUCCUAUCUGUCGUUUAUCGUGCGAAUCGUUCCGAGCCCGGACUGGUUCGUGGGUGUGGACAGUUUUGACCUGUGUGACGGCGACCACUGGAAAGAGAACGUGUCGCUGGAGCUUUUCCCGUACGACGCGGGAACCGACAGCGGGUUCACGUUCUCUUCUCCUAACUUCGAGACCAUUCCACAGGACAGGAUCACACAGAUCACUUCUUCCUUUCCAAGCCACCCUGCCAACUCCUUUUUCUACCCCCGCCUGAAGCACUUGCCACCCAUUGCCAAGAUAACGCUCACCAAGGUAAAGAAGACCAAUCAGAUCAUCACCUUGCCAGUGGAGCCCACCCAAUCCAACCAGCUACCAACAGGAAACGAGAUCGAGGACAAGCUCAUAAAUACCCCUCUGGACUGCGAGGUGUCAGUGUGGUCUCCUUGGGGCUUGUGCAAAGGCAAGUGUGGAGACUCGGGCGUGCAGCACCGCACGCGCUACAUCCUGAUGCACCCGGCCAACAACGGGGCUGCGUGCCCCCUGCUGGAGGAAGAGAGGAAAUGCUUCCCGGACAACUGUUUAUGACUAGGCCAGGAAAGGAGGGAGAAGAAAGAGAGGAAGGAGAGGAGAGAGAAGAAAGAGAGGAAAGCGAGGAAAGGGAGGAAGGGACGGAGGCGGAGAAACAACAGCAAAAGGUCUGCGGCUUAUUCACAUGAGGCAUAAUUAAGAUGAACCAUUCUUUUCUACCCUGACCGUGACUGACUGUUAAACCGGGAGAGUCUCAUCCUCAAGUCACACUGAUACAUCUGACAGCUCUGUAAAGGUGUAGUUUGGCAAAAAUAGCUAUUAGACACCAGUUCAGUUUAGGCAGAUUAUCAAAACUGUCUGAGGAUAGAAAGAAAAACACUUACAUUAUAAUUUUGUUUGGUUUGACAUCUCUAAACAUCACAGACAAUCUCUUGCCUGCAGUGGAUUAUAACUCCUAGCAGCAGAUUUCAAAAGAAAUCCAUAUAAAUGAUACUUAAGAUCUAAAAUCCCUAUAACCAAGACAUACUUCAUAAUAUCAGCUUCGGCACAGGGGAAAACAAGACGCCUCAAUAAGUUCCAUUAGCAGAAAAAAACUGAGUCAGACAUAGGAAUUAAUGUACGGCCCUCAUUUAAAACAUAAUGUUUACAUUGUGGUUGUUCUCCUGAAGACAAAGAAUAUAUUUAUUGACAGGAUUUUAACCUGUAGUGUACAGUAUAUCAAAUCUGAAAGUAAGAAUUUGUAUUCCUUUAUGUUAUUGAGAUAUUAGUUCAGUACAGAAAAUGUGUUUUUUUGUAAAAAAUACGAAAAAUGUACAAAAAAAUGUAUGUUGUAUGUAUGGUCA